CCCACAUUUCACCUAUGUGACCAACUGUUUAGUGACCUGUAGCUACAACACAAACAGCUCAACGCGUUUCUGGAGGAGGAAACACGAUGCGUAAUUACGCACAGGACUAAAGGAAUUUGACUCCCAGCCUGUCUCUAUUUGUUCUCGUCGCGGGGACUCGCUGUCCACAGUUUUGAAUUCUCUCCAUUUAAAGAGCCGAUAUCUAUGCACCACGUCAUCAGCGCCUCUCCUCAUCCCACAACUCUGAAGUUUACCAUCCAGUCCUCUAUGAGCACAGGGCAGGAUGGGAUGCUCCACCAGUUCCCAAACUGCAGCGAUAGAUCCGACUCGACCUAGUCCUAAACCCGAGGAGAGCAACGGAGCCAGUACAACAGGAACGGGCAAUGAGAAUGGUAAAGUAGCUGAGGACAGCGAAACUAUUCCCGACCAGACACCUGCUGGCGGAGGCGAUGCUACACCUGCAGACAAUCCUGCUGCAGCUGCAACAUCUGCAGACACUCAGGAGCUUCAGCCUGCUGCAGCCCCCCCGCCUGCAGAGGCAGCAGCACCUGCAGGAGAACCAGCAGCAGCUCCAGCAGAAGAGUCGUCAGCAACACCUGCAGAAGAACCGGCAGCAGCUCCAGUAGAAGCUCCAGAUGCAACACCUGCAGAAGAACCAGCAGCAGCUCCUGCAGAAGCUCCAGAUGCAACACCUGCAGAAGAACCAGCAGCAGCACCUGAAGCACCUGCAGAGCAAGCUCCCAGUGAGUGAGGUGCAACAUGAACGACUGCACAGAAGAGUUUGUUGGAAGUUUCCAUCUUUGUUUGCAUGCACGAGUAAAAGUAUGAGUAAGAUGUCGCCUUGUUGCCAAGAUGCAGACCCUGUGAUGAAAAACGACUUUCCGUCAGGGUUCCUCAGUCAUCACUGUGCCUUUUUCCCUUCAUAAUAUUGCAUGGCAGCCAUUUCUGCUUGCAAAUUGUAUAAUAACAUAGCUCUGUGGCACUUAAUGUUUGUUUUCAUCAUUUCAGGGCAAUUUAAAUGAUAAAUUGUCAUAGAAAUGUCUAUUUAUUAUCUGUAUAGAAUAAUAGAUUAUCUUUGAUUUAACUUGAAAAAAAACAUCCUAUACUUUUCCACAAAAUUAUAACUAAGGAAACCAAAGCCAAAAUAUAUUUGAUUUAUGAAAUAUUAUUCUACUUGCGAUGCUGGCUUUGAUUUUACAAACGUGUUUGUAAUGAGUAUGAAGAGCUGUUACUAUGAAGUUAAACUUAUGACUGUUAACAUUUAUAUAAAAGCAUGAAUGAGAAAAGUGUAAAUGCUUUUUUGUUUCUGUCAUGAUUUCUCUCUGGGAAAAACUUCCAAAAUCUGUUAUAAGCUAUAUCAAAAAAUAAAAAAGCCACCUUAAAAAUGGAAUGCAUGUACUUUCUUAAAGCUGGAUGAAUACA